GGCGGGGCUUCCGGCUGCGCGCUAGGUCAGGGGGCGCCUAGGGCAGAUUCGUCCUUCGCUUUUGCACGUGUUGAGACUGCAGCCUCCGGCGCGAUGCUUCCUCUGCUCCGCUGUGUGCCCCGAGUCCUGGGCUCCGCCGCUGCCGGCCUCCGCGCCGCCGCGCCCGCCCCGCCGCUCCAGCAGCUACUGCAGCUGGCGCCCCGGCCGUGCGCCCGGCCCUUCGGAUUGCUCUGCAUGCGCGCGGGGUCGGGGCGGCGGCCCGGCCUCCUGCGGCCUCCCGUGCCCUGCGCCUGUGGCUGCGGCUGCGGCGCGCUGCAUACCGAGGGGGACAAAGCUUUUGUUGAAUUUCUGAGUGAUGAAAUUAAGGAGGAAAAGAAAAUCCAGAAGCAUAAGUCUCUCCCCAAGAUGUCUGGAGGUUGGGAGUUGGAAGUGAAUGGGACAGAAGCAAAAUUAGUGCGGAAAGCUGCUGGGGAAAAGAUCACUGUCACUUUCAACAUUAACAACAGCAUCCCACCAACGUAUGAUGGUGAAGAGGAGCCCUCACAAGGGCAGAAGGUUGAGGAACAGGAGCCUGAACUGACGUCAACUCCUAAUUUUGUGGUUGAAGUUAUGAAGAAUGAUGGCAAGAAGGCCCUUGUGCUGGACUGCCACUAUCCAGAGGAUGAGGUUGGACAAGAAGAGGAGGCUGAAAGUGACAUUUUCUCUAUCAGGGAAGUUAGCUUUCAGUCCACCAGUGAUUCUGAAUGGAAGGAUACUAAUUACACACUCAACACAGAUUCCCUGGACUGGGCCUUGUAUGACCAUCUAAUGGAUUUCCUUGCGGAUCGAGGGGUGGACAACACUUUUGCAGAUGAGUUGGUAGAACUCAGCACAGCCCUGGAACACCAAGAAUAUAUUACUUUUCUCGAAGACCUCAAAAGUUUUGUCAAGAGCCAGUAGAGCACACAGAGACACUGAAAGCCUGACUUUUAUGGCAGGCUUUGGCCAGUGAACAAAUCCCACUCUACAGCCAGACACAUGUGCUUUGAAAUGGUUAUCAUCCUACUAUCAUGGGGAAAAAAAGCAAAUGUAAAUUAUUUCUUUGCAUUCACUUACUAUUCAUUUGGCUUUUUUCUGUACAAAUCUAGAUUUUUGUAUAACAUAAUGAUAGACAAUAAAAUUGGUUUAUCUCCUCCAA